AUGAUAAACAGCAAUCGGACUUAUUAUUUUACAAUCAAGAUUCAACUUGAAUUACUAGAAGAUCGAGUUGUUGAUGCAUUAAAGAACAUUAGUCUUGAUGUUAACAGUAUUAUUCGAUUAAAUGGCAAAGACGAUGAAGUUGAACAAGAAUUUGUUGGUUCUCAUCCAGGUGAUGAUAUCAACACAAGUGUUGAUACUCAAGCUAAUAUUGCUACUGCUGUUUAUGAAGCGAGUUCUUAA